AGCUUGUUACUUCGAUUCUGGGUGAACAUGUUGAAGAACCCCGACUUCCUGUUGGACGUUGACAAGCAGCCCUGCGUCGACGCAUGCCUCUCCGUCAUCACGCAGACCUUCAUCGACGGGUGCUCACUCCAUCAACAAAAAUUAGGAAAGGAUUCUCCAUCAAGCAAGUUGCUGUACGCGAAGGACAUUCCACGCUACCGAAAGAUGGUUGACGAUUACUUCCACCUCAUCCAGCACCUGCCGGAUAUAUCUGAUGACGACAUGUACAACAUCCUCUCACAGCACUCGCAGAGUCAUUCAACCAGCUGCCAAACAGAUGCCGCUCUUCAGCAGCUCUACCAGUACGCACUUCAGUACCGCGUCGAGUUGUUGGAAUCACUGGAUGAAGACAGCAUCGCUCGCAGGCAGAACCUCGCCAGCCAGUUCGAAACCAUACACAACUUCAUCAACAAAGAUCACUUCUCUUGCUGA